GUGUAAGUGUAUUGAUUUUUUCAAAUACGUGUAAUUUAAAAGUGGAUUUACAUAAACUAUUCAAAAUGGCAUUUAACAUAUUUUUACUUCUUGCCGUAUUUACAAUAAUCUGUACACAAUGUAACUUGCCGACUGUUAAUGCAAUGAUUGGACCAAAUGUUCGCGUGGCUCACGAAAGAGAAUUUCCUUUUAUCGUAGCCAUAAAACACAUUAAUUUAGAAAAUCCUAUGCCUAUACGCGAUCACAUUUGUACUGCAGCGAUGAUUUCAAAAGUUCAUGUUUUAAGUGCAGCGCAAUGUACUGAGAAUAGAAUCAUAGCAAAUACUGCUAUUCUAUACGGUUCGAAUGCAUUAAUUUUUGCAGAAGAGUAUAGGAUUCGAUGGUGGAUAAAUUUUAACCAAUGGACCAUUCUUAAACAUAGACCGCUCGUAAAUCUCGAUAAUGAUAUUGUCAUUAUAAAGUUAACCCGUGAAAUAGAAGGAGAUUUUCAACCAGCACAGUUAUGGCCUUUACCGAAUAAUGAUAUAACAGCACAAUACGUUCAUCUGGCCGGAUGGGGAAUGACUGAACGUAGAGUGUUAUCACUUAGUCUGCUAACAGAUAGUACAGUGAUUAUAACAAACAAUGCGUGUGAACAUCACAUUCGACGUGAAACUGGACGAAUUUUUCAUAUUCACGAGAGACACUUCUGCAGUCUUGGAAUAACUUUCACUUUACUACAACGUGGAGAUUUUGGUGGACCCGUUUUGUACUGCAACAAAAUUGUAGGAAUCAACAAACAAGUACUUCCAGAAGCAAGAAGAGAAUUGAACAACCAAAAAAUUAAUAUCCAUACAAGUAUUCACUUUUAUAGAGAAUUUAUUGAAGACGUUAACAAUGAUCAUUUUAAUUGGGAGGGAUAAUAACCGCAUAAUAAAAUAAUUAAUGGCAUCUAAAUUAAAAUUUGUAUGUA